UAAAAGGGCCAAAUUCUUAAACCUCUAAAACCCUAAUUCUCUUGCGAUCAGACUCAACUCGUAAGAUUUCAGUUUCAGAUGUCCGCAUUUGUUUACCGAGAUCCCAGAUCCUGAAAGAAGGGUUGGGAAGUAAAGAUUCAAUAUUUUCAAUUCGUUAUAUUUGGAUGUUUAUUUCCCCCGUUUCGUUUUAGGAGGCGAAGGGAAUGGCUUAUCGACGGAACAUCACGGCUCGAGCAAAGUUUUUUUAUCAACAGCAACAACGAGUUGCUCCUUCGUUUUCGUUUUCCCAUGUGCAUCGCGACGACAGUGAUCGUGAAGAAUUGCGUGCCAAUCCCACUUCGGCGAACUCUGCAACCAGAAGCUAUUUUCAACGUUGUUUUUGGAGUACUGGAAAUAAUUCCGGUAUCUUUCAUGGUUCGAGAAAUUUGUUUCAAGAUAGGAGAUUUGCGAUUGCACCGGGUUGCGGGACAGUUUUAGGUCGAAAUUAUUCUACCGGGACUGUUGGAGAUGAGUCGGCUGGUAAAGUUGAGAUUUUCAAAGAUGUUGUCGAUGCGUUUGAAGGUACCGCAGUAGAGGUGGCUGGGCAGGUAGCGCCACAGUUGGAUGAAGUGGCGAUUGCAGCAGCAGAUUCGUUCUUUCCGGUGGCUGCACUCCAGUACAUGAUUGAUUAUGUCCACACUUUCACGGGGCUGCCUUGGUGGGCGUCAAUUUCUUUGGCAACUCUUAUGAUCCGUUUUCUUCAGCUUCCUCUUAUUAUAAAUCAGCUCAAAGCCACCUCAAAAUUCACUCUUCUAAGACCGAAAUUGGAGGCAAUUAAGGAAGAAAUGCAAGAGAGGAACAUGAGUCCAGCUGCUGUUGCUGAGGGUCAAGCAAGAAUGAAAAGCCUCUUUAAAGAGUAUGGGGUUACUCCAUUCACUCCCUUGAGGGGAAUUCUAAUAACAGGCCCCAUUUUUUGUUGCUUCUUCUUUGCCAUUAGGAACAUGGUAGAAAAAGUUCCAUCUUUUAAAGAAGGUGGAAUGUUAUGGUUCACCGACUUAUCAGUUCCAGAUAGCAUGUAUGUCUUUCCUGUUUUGACAGCUCUCACAUUUUGGAUUACAGUGGAGUUGAAUGCCCAAGAAGGUUUGGAAGGCAAUCCUACUGCCGGUAUGAUCAAGAACAUCUCCAGGGGCUUUGCUGUACUGACCGUCCCACUGACUGCAACCUUUCCCAAUGGCAUAUUUUGUUACUGGAUUACAUCCAACCUGUUUUCUCUCUGUUACGGACUAGUGAUGAAGAGGCCUGCGGUGAAGAACUUCUUGGGCAUACCAAUAAUACCUUUGCCACCACCUUCAACCUCGACCACUCAAAAGCAGCCUGAAUUUUCAUUUUUCGGAGCCCUGAGGAAGUAUGCAGAAAGCCAGCAACGAUCUAUAGUUGCAGCCCAACAACAACAGCAGCAGCAGUUGUCAUCCUCCUCGCCUGAAGCAUCCCCGCCUAAGCCCGUGAACCAAAGAAUCCCAUCUUCUUCUGUUCUGAAUCAAAGGAUUAGAAGCUUGGAGAAGGAAGUCAAAGGGCGCAAGAGAGGAAAGAAAAGGUAACAGCGUAACACAAAGGUAAUGUAUAACUCAAUGAAGAAAUAUCUUCUUAAAGGGAAAUAAUGGCAAUCCAUUAUUUAAAAUGGAGUUUUGAGCUACAUAUCUCUCAUUUUCAUCCUUGAUUGUUUAGCUAAUUGUUGAAGUCCUAUCAAGACUGCUCGUAGAUUACAGACAAUGCCGAUAGAGCUGUGAAAAAGUCUAUUUAUAUGUUUGUGUGAGAAUCUGAAAUGGCAUUGCUUUCCUUAA